GUGUUUUUUUCCAUUUGCUUAGAAAUUCUCAGAUACUAAGAUUCAAAAACAGAGAUGGAAGAAAAUGGCAGCACAGAGCAUUGUUCUCCAUCUGUACAAGUAAACCUGCCAAAGAGAUCUAUAAUUACACGCCCCGGAUUCGGAAAUUCUGGCCAGCGCAUCUCGUUGCUCGUAAAUUAUUUCAAAGUUUCUGUCGAAAAUCCAGAAACAACUUUUUACAAAUACAGCGUUGUUAUUACAUCCGAGGAUAAUACAGCGGUCGACAUGAAUGUAUUAGGGAGGGAAUCCAUUACUGAAAUUCUCCAAACAUACAAUUCUGAUCUUGCUGAGAAGAGAUUCGCCUAUGAUGGUGAAGCGAGUGUGUAUACUGUGGGGCCCUUACCGCAGAACAACUUCGAAUUCGUAGUGGUUCUUGAGGAAUCUAUUCCGAAACGCCGAAAUCCUUCUGAAGAUGGGAUUGAAAACGAGCCUUACAAAAGGUCUAAGAGCUCUCUACAGUCAAAAACAUUUAAGGUGGAGAUUAGUUAUGUUGCCAAAGUAGGGUUGAAUUCCAUAUCCGAACCGGAAAAAAAUCAAGAUGCUCUGAGGGUUUUAGACAUCGUUUUACGACAAGAAGCAGAUAAACGAGGCAUGUUCUUGGAAAUUGGAGAGGGUUUGAUGGGAGUGAGAGCUUUCGAUUCCAACUUUUGUCAAACUCUAGGGGGCUUGUGUCUUAACAUGGAUGUAUCGACAAACGUCAUAUUUGAACCGGGACCGAUGGUUGACUUUCUUCUUGCUAACCAGAAAAUCAACGAAACUCGUGAUAUUGACUGGGGAAAGGCCAAAAAGAUGCUCAAGAAUAUGAGGAUUAUGGCGAGUCAUAGUCGUGUUGAAUUCAAAGUUAUCGGUUUAAGUGAGAAACCUUGUAAUCAACAGCUUUUUAGUCCGGGAGAUGACGAAGAGAGUGUCGAGAUUACGGUUUAUGACUAUUUUGUUAAACGUCGUAAUAUAAAACUUGUGUAUUCAUCAAACAUGCCAUGCAUUGAUGUUGGAAAACCAACGAGACCGAAUUACCUGCCUCUAGAGCUCUGUCUAGUCUCUGUUCAGCGAUACACAAAAGCAUUGUCAAUAAACCAAAGAGCAUCUCUAGUUGAAAAAUCGAAGCAGAACCCUCCUGAUAUAAUUCAAGCUAUGAAAUGUAACUACGUUGAAGAUCAUAUCCUCUUUGAUUGUGGAAUUUCAAUUGAAAAGAAUCUUACUCAAAUAAACGGACGAAUUCUCGACACACCUAAGUUAAAGGUUGGUAAUAAUGAAGAUUGUAUACCCAAGAAUGGCCGAUGGAAUUUUAAUAACAAGAAACUUCUAAAACCAAGCCAGAUAAAUCUUUGGGCAAUUGUCAAUUUCUCCGAGCGUUCUGAUUGCAGCCAAAUUGCACGGGAGCUCAUCAAAUGUGGGAGGGAAAAAGGAAUUAAUAUUGAGCGCCCACAUACAAUAUUUGAGGAAGAUCCCAAAUGUCGAAGAGCUACUAGCCCUGUGAAACGCGUGGAAAUGAUGUUUAAACAAAUUAUAGAUGAGCUACCUAACCGCCCUGAUUUUUUGUUGUGUGUUUUGCCGGAAAAAGAAUGCGAUAUUUAUGGACCUUGGAAGAAAAAGUGUAUAUGUGGCUUGGGUAUUGUCACGCAAUGCAUUUCUCCUACGAAGAUCGACGACCAAUACUUGACAAAUGUACUUCUCAAAAUCAAUUCCAAGUUAGGUGGCAUAAACUCAUUGUUGGAAAUUGAGCACUCUCGUCAAAUUCCACUCGUUUCGGAUAAGCCAACUAUGAUCUUGGGAAUAGAUAUAUUGCAUAGUGGAUCCAAUGUUCCGUCUAUUGCUGCAGUUGUUGGAUCUCGGAGUUGGCCAAUGAUAUCGAGGUAUAGAGCAGCUGUACGAUCACAAUCUUCAAAAGUGGAGAUGAUCGAAUCUUUGUUCAAGCCACUAGCAAAUGGGGAGGAUGGUGGUAUUAUGAGGGAACUGCUUUUGGAUUUCUACGAAACCGCCAAUGAAAGAAAACCAACUCAAAUUAUCGUUUUCAGGGUUGGCGUGAGCGAGUCACAGUUUUCUCAAGUCUUAAACAUCGAACUCGAUCAAAUUAUUAAGGCUUAUAAGCAUCUUGGUAGAUCUCAUGAAAUUCCAAAAUUUACGGUGAUAGUGGCUGGGAAGAAUCACCACACCAAACUAUUCCAAGAUUCAGAUGCUGAAAAUAUUCCAUGCGGGACUGUAGUGGACACAAACAUUGUUCAUCCUACAAAUUACGAUUUCUAUAUGUGCUCUCAGGCAGAUACGGUGGGAAAUUCUGAACCUGUACAUUAUCAUGUCUUGCUCGAUGAGAUCGGUUUCUCACCAAACGAUCUCCAGAAUCUCGUCCAUUCCCUAUGUUAUGUAAACCAGAGAAGUACAACUUGUACAACCAUCGUUGCACCUGUAUUUUAUGCUCGUCUUGCAGCCGAACAAAUGAGUGAGCUAACGAAUUUUGAAGAAUAUUCCUCCGAAACUUCGUCUGGAGAGAAAAGCGUAAAUGUUCCAGAGCUGCCUAGGCUCCAUAAAGACGUUGUUGCUUCCAUGUUUUUUUGUUGAUGCUUGUGAUAAUUAUUUUAUAUAUAUAUUUAAAGAAAAAAAACUAUGUAUAAAUAUGUCUAUGUUGUUCUUCUUUUGCAGAGCGUAUAUAAUCACUUAACUUAAAUAAUUUAAUCAAUUUAGGCAGUGUUUGCUAAA